CUCCUCUUGACCCAUAUAUAAGGUUACCUCCCAUCAAUCACUUUGGCCACAGCAAAGCACAUACCAGAAACUCAUAAUCUAGAGUUGUUCCAAAUAGGGAGAGAGCGAUGAAGAGUGCGAUACCAAAUAGGGAGAGAGCGACGGAGGAAUUGAUCCAAGGGCGUGAACUGGCAAGUCAACUGAGUAAGGUUUUUGAAAAUAGGUCAUUUGUUGUUGAUGGUGAUGAGGGGGAAUCGGCUGAAGGUAUUGUUAAUAAGAUUUUGGGGUCAUUUGUGAAUACCCUUUUGAUUAUAAAGGGGAUGGAGUCUGAUCAGGAGUUUGUUUCUGAUCAAAUUCAAGGGAAUAGUAGUGGUGUUAGUGGUGGUGGUACUGAAAUUAGCGGUGGUGGUAUUGGUGUUAGUGACGGUGGUAGUGGUGGUGGUGGUGGUGGUGGUGGUGGUGGUGACGGUGCAGAUUCAUCAUCUUGGGAUGCUAAUCAUGAUCAUGCGGCUGUUAGUAAGUCUGAAGAUUAUACUGAGGAGGAGAUCAGUUGUAAGAGCACUUCAACCUUCAAGGAUCGUAGAGGUUCUUACAAGAGAAGAAAGACUUCACACUCUUGGAUUAGAGACACUCCUGCUUUGACUUACGAUGGUCAUACAUGGAGAAAGUACGGACAAAAAGUUAUCCACAAUGCCAAGCAUUCAAGAAACUACUUCAGAUGCACUCACAAAUCCGAGUGCAAAGCAACCAAACACAUGCAACAAAUUCAAGAUCAUCCACCAAUGUUUCGGACCACAUAUUUUGGGAAUCACACCUGCAGAGACUACCUCAGCACUUCGGAAUUGGUCUUGGAUUCCACAAGUCCUAAAGAUUCUUCGAAGUUCAUUUGUUUUGACAAGGCCAACUGUUCAACAAACAAAGAAGAGCACCCCUUUUUCUCAUCCUUCACUUCAUCGAUUAAAAAUGAAGUGUUCGUCAAAGAAGAUAUGCCAACAACUGAUCAUACGGUGAAAAGCAACCACAACCAUUCAUCACCACGUGAUCAUCUUGUGUCAAAUGAUCUGACGGUGUUCGAGUCCUCUGGUCCCAUGAGCGGGUUUUCAUAUGAUUAUGACAACAUGUUUUCAAAGGUUGUUGAGUCUUACUUUGAUAAUGAAGUUUUGCAAUACGGAUUUUGAAUUAAGUUUUGAUGAUGAGUGCGUACUUAAUAGCUAGCUACUCCGUGUAGUAAAUUGGAUUUUACGUUCAGUGAUUUGAAGAAACUUGAUGCUUUCUUGGUGAAAAUCAUGUAAACACAGUUAUUUUCGAAAAGAAAAAAAAAACGAAAAGAAGAAGCAACCUUUUUCUAUUUCUUCUUGUGAAGUGAUUAAUGGAAGCUUAAUUAUGCUCAA